AUGGUGAGAUAUCGUUUCAUGAGUUUGAUGGUAAAUAACGCUCAUUUUAUUUUACUGUGAAUGUGAUGCCUUGAAUGGAUAUCUUAGUCACUAUUUUGCUUAAAAUGAACUUUAUUUUUAUAUUAUUAGCAGAUGGAGGGCAGUAAAUUAUUUGUCAUCUUUCUACUGAGUACCGAUGCUGAAAACUUCAAACGAGAUGACAAACGAGGAGAACGACACGCAUAUUUGGUGAGGAAUUCUGCAAAGCGACUAAGUUCUGCGAUUCUGGACGGAAGGUAUAUGUGUGAGCUAUUGAACGCGGAUAAGUUUCAAAACUCCAGCAAUUUUCUUCAUAGCGGCUUGACCAUUUUCGAUGAUAUUAGUCAGAAAUAAUAUGCCGUUUUAACAAGUGGUUGUAAAGUUUUGCUGAGAAAAUUUUUCACAUGACCGGAAGGUAGCUCUCAUUAUCAAGCUUCUAGCUUAGGGUUUUUACUCUCGACACAAUAAAAUCGUUUUGGUUGCCAUUCAAGACGAAGGCUCCUAUCGCAUGUCAUCUGCAAUUGAUGCGCUCAAGAGACUGGGUGCCACUGACCCAGUACAGCUGAAUGAUAGGGAAUCUUUUGCUCUCGCUGGAUACGCGGGAGUAAACAAACCGCAAUGGAAUACACAAAAGAGAGCAAACGGUGGACAGGGACCUAGUGAGAUAUUUCCGCAGAUAGCCCCGUCAGUCAGUCAGUCAAUAAACUUUUCAGAUGGAAACAAGGAAACACAAUAUGGCUAAACAAUCCAAGCUAUACCGUGAUCAUUUUGCUACAAGCUGCGAUCGUUUUUGAUGCCGUGCCAAUCUGCAGUAACAGUCGCAAUUUUUUAUUUGUAUUAGGUAAUUUUUAUGGUAUGAAGCCAGAUUGAAGUGCAAGAAAUGCUGCGACAUUUCCCCCUAUAAAUAUUCCCUCCCUGUCAGAAUAUUUUUAGCAGCCUUGAAAUGUUGCAUGUAACCCGAAAACAAUAACUGCCAUUGUCCUUCAUAUUUCCGAAACUUUUCAUUCAAGCGAUGAUAUUAUGAUUUAAGGUUGUCAAGAGUUGACUUUGAAAACACUUUAGCCCGGAGCGAUGACAUUGUCUUUGCGGUAGUCUCAGACAAUCCAAGUUUUUCUCGACAUAACCCAGAAAGGUUCACCUCUCUCGAUUUUUUAACUGAAUGUACCCUGAUUAAAUCUAAUAUUCUUUUAUUCCAGUACUAUUGUCCACAGAGAGCUCACAAAAAUUUGAGAACAUAAAAAAAACUAGGUUGAAUUAGACUACACCUUUUUCAGAACGUUCUCGUGAUAUAAAUAAAUCUGUAAGGACUAAAAACUUUAAAUUAAUCACAGCAGGUUAGUUCCGACUUAAAGAAAUGUCAAAGAAUUCAAUUUUAUUCUUGACAGAGAACUUAGCCUGAUUGUUAUGACGGAACACUUUCAUUGGUAAUUUACAUGGUUUUUAAGUUUUCAACAGACAAACACUUCAAUCCCUUGUUUUGGCCCUAUUUUUAAGAACUAUUGAAAAACUUUUUAAGUCUCUCGUUUUGCAGGAUCUCCGGGGGACUUAAAAAUAAGCAACGAUUAUUUUGAUUCGACAUUUAACCCAUAAGAGGAACUCCGAUAAGUCUAACCAUUCUGGUUGGGCCUUUAAGUUAUUAAGAAUCUACUCAAGGGAUUCUUUCAAGAAUAUUUUCGACACAACAUUUUCGUUUUCCUUGCAAUUCUCUUUAUGGGUUAGAUUGCUAUGUAAGUUAAUUUAGCUUCUCUGCGGUCGUUAUCAUAAAUAAACUUUCAUUUAAGAGUAACUAAUUAACCAUAACUGAUGAGUUCUUACUCAUUUGUGUGUGCGGUACGUUAUUGAUUUUAUGCCUGUUUUUGCACGCGGUUCGUUUUAUGCUUAAUGAUAAAGAAUUAUUUCAGGGGUGUGAUGGUAAAUUGCAAACUUGAAAUGAUACAGCGGAUGUAAUACAUUGAAAGUGUGUUCCUAUCGAUGUUUUGUUUGAAAUAAGCGAUUUUCUUUCUGCCGUUGGAAGAUGGAGAGCAGCAAAUUACUUGUUACCUUUCUACUGUCAUUACCACUGAGUACUAACGCUUUGUUCGGCGCUAAACACUUCAAUCGAGAUGACAAACGAGGAGAACGACAUGCAUAUUUUGUGAGAGAUCCUGCAAAGCGACUAAAUUCUUCUAUUCUGGAUAGUUUUAUGGUUUCCGAACCUAUGGGGUGUGUUUUUCGAUGUAUUGGUCACCAAGAAUGUUAUUCGGUAAAUUUUGCUGCGGUUUCACAUUACGGAAGGCAUACGUGUGAGCUGUUGAACGCGGACAAGUUUCAAAACUCCAGCAAUUUUCUUCAUAGUGUAAACUUUGACCAUUACAACAUUAAGGUAAGUGAGAACGUAUUUCGUUUAACUACAUUCUAUGAGGCAUAAGUGUUGUGUAUUCAUUUUAAUGUCAUGUACUACAAAAAGGGAAAUUCGUGUUCACUCAUAUCAAUUUUGAUAUAAUCUCCGUGAAGAAUUGAUUAUCAUUUUCCUUCUGGAUAUUGAUGGCGACAGGGGGUCGAAAAAAUGGAAAUUUAGGGAAAGAGAGUGCUGGCUUUGUUUCUUUUCGUGCGUUUGGCCAGGCCUUGACAGAGUGAGUUUGGGAAGAUUACGUCAUCUACUUUGUUCUUAUUAGUGCUGUGUUAUUUUAAGAAAUAUUUUUUGUCUUGUGGAAUAGAGCCCCUGCAUGAGCAAUCCCUGUCUAGACGGAGCCUUAUUCUGUCGACCAAUUUACCAGCAAGACGAUUAUCAGUGUGUCUGCAAACCAGGUUUUACUGGACACUACUGCGAAACGGGUGAGUUAUUAAACUGAGCUGUAUUUUUCAUGUAUCAUUUUUUAAUGUUCUAAUCUCUCCCCUCUCUACCCAGACAUCUCAUAGACCUCUCUCAUGAAAGGAUAAACAAGCCAGCAUAGAUUCUUUAAGAUUUACAGACUGCAACAAAACACGGUUGAUUGACUGUUUUGAUAUUUACUAAUAACGUAUUUAUAAUUAAAUUUUCUCUCGCAGAUAUUAACGAAUGUUCCAGUAAUCCUUGUUUAAACGGAGGAGUUUGCAAUGACCAAGUGAAUGGAUAUGUAUGUGCCUGUCUUGCUGGAUACACUGGCCUUCAAUGUGGAACAAGUGAGUAAGGGAACCAGAUUGAAUUUUUUACACUUCGAUGGAUGGAUUUUAAGUAGGAUAUCAACAUUACUUUUUAACUUGUUGAAAAGUGUGCCAAAUAAAUCAUCAUUAAUUGUUCUACCUUCACAAAGAUAUCAACGAGUGCUCCAGUAAUCCCUGCUUGAAUGGAGGUACUUGUACUGACCAGGUUAAUGGAUAUAUUUGUUCCUGCAUCGCUAUGUACACAGGACCACGAUGUGGGACUGGUAUGUAAACAACAUUUUGUAUUUGAUCUGAUUUGAUUUGAUUUGAUUUCAUGACUACUGCGUAAAAGUAUGGGCCUCGUUAUUUUUGCUGCGAGAAGAGUCAUUGAACGAGUUACAUCACAUUCAAAGGACGAAUUUCAAAAUAUUUGAAGUUUCUGAAACGUUUUGACAUUGAGCAGGUUCAUAGGCGAGCCACCUGAUGGAUUUUGAGUUUAAAGCCUCGCCAGAUGCCGUGUUGAGACAGAUUGCUUGCAUUGAAUAUAUUGCCCCUCGUUUACGAUAGAGAUAUCAUGGAUCAUGUUUUCUUUUAUAAGACCGGUUACGGCUAUAUUGAUAUUGACGCUCGUGACGUAAAGGAUUGAGUCGGUCAAAGGUAACAUGCUCGCCGCGGCCAGUCCGCUGGUUGCUUAUUGUCAAGUAAUUUUUUAAUUUACUGUCAAGUAAUUUUUUAAUUUACUGUCAAGUAAUUUUUUAAUUUACUGUCAAGUAAUUUUUUAAUUUACUGUCAAGUAAUUUUUUAAUUUACUGUCAAGUACUGUAAAAUUGUGGAAUACUAUGUGCAAUGUUGCAUAAUUCCUUAGUAAUUUUAUCUCCGUGGGAAAAAUCUUUUAACUUUAGUUUCUGAUUUGGACGGGAUCUAUUCUUGGUUUAUCUCAACGGAUUUUUAAUGUCACCAUCUUAAUGUCACCGCCUCUUGAAGGCGAAACUUUUCCUAAUGAAAGGCAUUUGUAACAGUUGCGAAAUUUUUUAUCAACGUCUCUCAAUAAACGGUUCCUUUAGAAACCACCAAAUGCUAUAAAAGUGAACCGGCCCUCGGAAGUUAACAAAGAAGAAAAAUAAAAGUUAUAAAGUUAUAAUAAUUCAAUACCUAUUUUGGCUUUCACAUACUACUACAGACGUCCAAUUUUCAUAGGCCAGUCAAGAUACUAAACCAAAAGAAAGUAUGAAAUUAGGAGAUCCUCGCAGCUAAGAACACUACUGAAACGAGUAGUUGUAAAUAGGAACUGAAAAAAAUUUCAGGCCCGUACGGGAUUUGAACCCUUGACCUCUGCGAUACCGGUGCAGCGCUCUACCAAUUGAGCUAACAAGCCAACUGGGAGCUGGUCAAUGAAUUGGGUCCAAAUAAACAUCCAAGUGAAUGAAGAUUUUAGAUAUAUGAAAAUUCACAUAUUUGCACUGCGGUGGAAAGAUGAAAUUAGGAGAUCCUCGCAGCUAAGAACACUAUUUACAACUACUCGUUUCAGUAGUGUUCUUAGCUGCGAGGAUCUCCUAAUUUCAUCUUUCCACCGCAGUGCAAAUAUGUGAAUUUUCAUAUAUCUAAAAUCUUCAAAAGAAAGUAGUUUGAAGCGAAUUCGAAGCGCACUUUGAGCAAUUUGAGCACUUGUUAACUCAUCGAUGGUCGCCAAAGAAUUGAGAAAAUUUAGCAGCGAAAAUUUUGUUUACGUUUCGGGAACUACCUUAAGGGUGUGCUCCUUAAUAAAAAAGUCAGUUUUUAGAAAUCUGGGGAAAGAGCCUUUAACAAUUAUGCUUCUUUCUGCAACGACAUUAGUCGAAAAAUUCGAAUGCGGCCGUCGGAGGGAACAAAAUAGAACAAAGGACGCCAAGUCGCUUUCAGCAAAAUUUCGCGCGCAUUCUAAAUUUCGCAUCAUCAAAACUGGAAAAUGAGUAGAAGUUCAAAUUCUAGGCUAUUAUAUGAUAUAAGUUUCAUUAGUUUUGAUUACAAAUUGUGUUUGUUAGGAAAAAUCUCGUGUUAAAGGUCACGUCGACAUUCUUUGUGCUCUAAACAAAGAAAGGACGCCGAGUCUGUUUCUAUAAACUUCGCUGUUUUUAUGCGUGCUCUUUGUAGCAGUAUUUCUCAGCCUUUAUUUGAUAUAAGUUUCAUACCAUUUCAUAAACAUCGGCGAAAAUCACUUGGCGAAUAUCACUCGGCGAAAGUCACUCUGAUUUGGCUUUACGCAAACUGAUCAUAAUCUUCGGGAUAUCAAAAAGUUUUAUUACAUUUAACGAUUAACGUUUAAUUAAUUGAGAGGCUGCACAGAACUUCUGAGUCCCUUUUCUUUUCGCAAUAUACUGCUACAUCUUUCUUUUAAUUUGAUUUGAGUUUCACACGACAGGUUUCACGUAAAGAGAAAGUCAAAUCGCCACCAGUGGCGAUUGAACUUAAGGCGUGUUUUGUGGUGACGAGUUUGUUGUAAUGGCGAUUUGACCAUAAACCUGAUGAAAAUCCCACAUUUAUGACUGCUAAGUCACCCUAACUAGAAAGUAAUCCUUUUCCUUUACUUGCAGUUCGUGUUUUGGACAUUUAUAUUCGAAGCGAAGGUUGCGACGAUCCGGGAAAAGCACCCAUUUGCGGCAAAGCUUACAUUAAGGUGGAUGGGACGGAUUAUUCUCUUCAAGAAAGAGGAUUUAACGUUGUUGUUGUGAAUGGUGAAACAGGUGAUUGACAGACUGUGGAACUGGAGUUGUUAAUUUAUAAUCUUUAUUUUUUUUUCCGCGUUUUUCAUUCGAGCGCAGGCAAGCCCUAGGUGUGCCGAGAAUGAGUCACAUGUAUUGGAGAGGUUUGUUUCGCGGCGGAAGAGAACGAACGUAUAAUAUCGUUCGUUAUUAAGAGGACAUUUUAAUUUGCCUUUGUGUUCACUCGCCUCAGAAAGGGAACAAAAACGACAGAUGUUCUCCAAGUUUCGUGACAGUCAGAAAACGUUGACAAUUUUCUUUCGUCUCGUCCCUUACAAACGCCAUUCGAAACUUGUGCGAAUGGAUUGCGAGCGUAAAAUAAAACAGACAACAUGGACAGGUGUCGUCCCUGUAAAAUGCCGAAUUGAGCAUUAUGCCGAAAAGAGUAAGACACAUAUAUUAUGACUGAUUAUGUAAUUGGAACCAUGUUAUCACUCAAUAUUUGUCACGAAAUUGCGGAUACGAUACGGAUAAGAUACGGCUUCGUCGAACUGCCUUAUUUUGGUGACGAUAAAACUUUAAGAAUGCCAGGUUGUGAAAAUGAUAAGAGUAAAUGGAAGAUAAAUUGAAUGCGUAAUACCCAUCACUACCUCGUUGUAAUCACACAGUGAUGGUGGUGGGUGAUUUCAAACAAAAUUUACGAAAACCUCGGUUUUGGUGAAGAUGAUCUGCGAUUGCUGAUAAUCAGAAGCGCUUAAAAAAAAAUAUCAAAAUCACUAGACAGAAACAUUUGUAACUUGUUGCUCAAGUUGCAAAAUCCUUCACGAUGUCCUUGUAUUAAGAUAUCAAAACUUCUCUCUAAAAAAAAAUAAAAGACGAUGUAAGAGCUAAACUAUUUGAAUUUUAACCUCAAAACGUGUAACUUCAUGUCAGGCAAGCCUCAUUAUUCGCAACUGUCAGAUAGGCCGAGGAACAACGAUAACAGUAUCACAACAGUAACAGAAAAUAGCUAUAUCCCAAUGUUGAAUCCAGUGCUAGACUAGAAUUCACUCUUCUCAGAGAGAGAGAGUUCUUAAAUAGGAUCGAAAAUCCACAGAUCUUCUGUCUGUAUCGAGCCCUAAUAGAGUACGUGACUUGAGGUCAAUCUUAAUUAGCAUGUGCACUUUCUGUGAGUGCCUAACAGAGUUCGAGGCUUGAGGCAAUUUUUCUUGACAUGUGCGUUUUCUGUACGUGCCGAAUAGAGAAUGAGACUUGUAGUCAACCUUAAUUGACACGUGCGUUUUCUGAGCGCGCUGAAUAGAGUGCGAGAAGUCAUUCCCACUCGACAUGUGAGAUUUCUGAGCGUGCCGAAUAGAGUGCGAGACUUGAAGUCAAUCUUACUUAACACGUGCGUGUUAAUUAGAGUUAGCGACUCACGAAGUCAUUUUCAUUUGACAUGCGAGAUUUCUGACCAUGCCAAAUUAGUAGACUUGAGGUCAGUCUUAAUUAAGUCGGUUAGUCAAUUCACCUCAACAAUUGCGUUUUCUGAGCGUGCCGAAUAGAGUGCGGGACUUAAGGCAAUAUAACUUGACAUGUACGUUUUCUGUGCCUGCUGAAUAUGUGCGAAACUUGAGGCAAUCUUGCUUGACAUGUGCGUUUUUUGUGUGCCGAAUAGAGUACGAGACUUGACGUCAGCCUUACUAAACAUGUGCGUUUUUUGCGUGCCGAAUAGAGUAAGAGUUUGUAGACAAUCUCAUCGACAUGCGCGUUUUUUGUGCGGGCCGAAUAGAGUGCGAGACUUGAGGCAAUCUUGCUUGACAUAUGCAAUUCUGUGCGUGCCGAGCAGAGUACGAUUGUUGCAGUCAAUCUCACUUGACGCGUGCGUAUCUGUGCGUGCCGAACAGAGUACGAGUUUGAUAAUAAUCUCACCGACAUGUGCGUUUUUUGUGCGUGCCGAAUAAAAUGCGAGACUUGAGGCAAUCUUUGAAACGUGCGUUUCUGUGGGUAUCGAAUAGAGUGCGAGACGCAUUCAAUCUUUCUUGACAUAUGCAAUUCUGUGCGUGCAGAAUAUAUACGAUUGUUGUAAUCAAUCUCACUCGACAUGUGCGUAUCUGUGCGUGCCGAACAGAGUACGAGAAUUGAAGUCCGCCUUACUUAAUAUGUGCGUUUUGUGUGCGUGCCAAAUAGAGCUCGAGACUUGUAGUCAAUCUCAUUUAACAUGUGCGUUUCGUGCGUGCCGAAUAGAGUGCGAGUGUUGUAGACAAUCUCACUCGACAUGUGCGUUUUCCGUAAGUGCCGAAUAGAUUGCGAGACUCGAUCAAUCAUAGAUGACAUAUGCGUCUUCUGAGCUUGUCGAAUAGAAAGCAAGACUUGAAAUCAAUCUUGCUCGACAUGGGUGUUUUCUGUGCGUGCUGAAUAGAGUGAAAAUUUUGAGGCAAUCGUACUUGAAAUAUGCGUUUUUCUGAGUGCUAAAUAGAGUGCGAGACUUGAAGUCAAUCUUAUUUGACAUAUUCAUUUUCUGAGCGUGCCGAAUAGAGUGCGAGACCUUAAGUCAACUUACUUGACAUAUGAAUUUUCUGUGCGUGCCAAAUAGUGUGCGAGACUUGCUGCAAUCUCACUAAACAUGUUUGUUUCCUGAGCGUGCCGACUAGAAUGCAAGAUUUUUAAACCAAUCUUACUUGACAUGUACGUUUUCUGUGCGUGUUGAAUAGAGUGAGAUCAGUAGUUAAUUCUAAUGACUGGAAGGUGUGGUGCGAGUUUUUCUUCAAACACCGAAACCAACUGUUUUGGAAGAGCAACUCUGAUAAACUCAGAUAAAGGGCAAACCAAGAUUCUGAAGAAUGGUUUCUAUGUUACUUGGAAUACAAAACAAAGAUUUGGUGUUAAUUGCAAAUAGGACCCGAACUUAGUGUUCAUUAAGUAUUGUUAACGUGCGAAGAAUUUAGUGUGAUCACCUUUCUUUACGCAACGUUAUGUAAUUAGCAUUAAAAAAAUAUGUUCAAUUGUCCAUGUUUCUUAGGUUAGGUUAAGUUAAGUUAGUUAGUAGUUGUGUAUCUAGCGAAAAGUUUUUUCACGUUCUUUUUAAAAUGUUGUUCUUUGCUUAAACACAACAAAAGUAGGGUAGGGAUAUGUGUGCGCCACAUCGAGAGAAAUCGAACUUUCGGUUCAACCGACAAUUUUCCUUUUACAGAGAUAUAUAUAUAUAUAGAGGAGGUACUCGCCGAGGAAGGAAGCAAUAAAGUUCCUAUUCACGGAACGGGAAAGCUGUGACUAUGAUAUAGUUAUGGGUAAAUCGCUACGUGAGGACUAGGCGUUAAACACCUUUUACUUCGAAAACAUGGAACGAGCUGCUUCCAAGAUUCAAACAUCCGUCUGUGGCAGUUAAAAAAGUUAGAGGUAGAUUCGAAUAUCAUAUCAAAUGAAGAGAUCUGUGGAGAAACCUCUUCGAACAAUAAGAUAUGAUGACGUAGCUUGCCUAGCGAUUGUACUUCUGAACAUAUGGUCGCGGUGAUACUCGCAAUAAAGCAGAAAAUUAAUAUCAGGAGUGCAUGCACUAUUUUGCCAUCCUGACAAAUUCUUAACCCGUUUUGAUAAAAAAAUAUGCGGAGAGGAUCGCCCGCAAAUAACUGACGGGAUUCUUUUUAUAUCUAAGCAGCUCGAGUCAGUACCAUUAAAGAGAAAGAUAUGAUAUAUGCUGUUGCGAAAACGAAAUCGUCGAAUUCUUUUAGGUUCACUAGUAGUCUCUUCAUCGGCUAUCACAUUCUUCACCUAUUCAAACAUUUCACCAACUUUGGUGAAUAUUAAUAUGUUAUCUUUUCUUAGUAUUUGUAUUAUCUCUCCCUUGAAAGCUUAUUUCGAUUAUGUUGCAAAGCCAUUUGUUACCAUUGUAGGACCUUGUUGUUGUCCUUGUUCUGUUGGGAAAAUUGUCGCUACUUAAAUUUAAUAACGCUUGUUGAGUUUUGGUUAAACAAGGUAAGAAUUAGGAGACUCAAUUUACGUAAAGUUACGCUUGGGGAUGUAAGCGCGUCUUGUGAGCUGUUCUGACUUUUGUUAAAAUGAGACAAGAAUCCAGAGCCAAACAAGCUAUGUCACCGAAAGGACAGCAUUCACAGCGAGAGCAAUUCGAUGAAGCCGUAUCUUGCGUGACCAAUACUAAGUAACCACAUGGCUUUUACUGCAUAAUCAGUCAUAUUUAUGCGUCGUGCUCUUUUCGGCACGGUGCUCUAUUCAGCAUCUUACAGUCCCCCAGUCCAGCUUCAAGAUGAUGUCCACAUUGUCAUACAAAAAAAGGAAAUUCGCAGAACUUCAUAUUAUCCUUACUCGGAUUUAAAGAAAAACCUGAAAGAUAGAAGAUAAUGCACUAAAUAUUUUCACGUACAGGUGUCUUCUUGCGGCAAGAGCAUUUGAUACUCAUGCAGAUUAUUGUUUUCAUAACCAUCACUACUUAUUAUUUUCUUGUGUUCACCUGUCGAGCGGAGACAAGCACGAGGCGGGCCGUGGGUGAAUUCACUCUUGAAGAACGGGGAACACAAAGACGUUGCCCGUUCUCCAAGCUAUGUCAUUGACAACGCUAGAAUCAUUUCGUCUUCCCUCAUGUUCACUAUUCGGUGGUAAAAGCAAGCGGAACAAGCAAAUUGUACUCGGAUUGUCGACGUAAAGAAAAAAAAAAGCCAAAGGGAAACUUUUUCGCCGCUCCCACUUAAAGGUGUUGUCAAUAGACGCCGCGUUGAAACAAACGAAGACCAUUACGUUAUAGAUUUGCAUGUUUAAAGCAAAAGAAAAACCGAAAAUAUAUAUGACGAUUUGAUUUGUUUUUUUAUGUCAGGUGUCUUCCUUGAGGCAAGAUCAUUUGAUACUUACGAAUAUAGUUCGAGCGGCUAUCAUUUGAGAGACUACCUGAACAGCCUGAGUGGCAAGUAUGUUAUAACUAAUUAGUAACUGUUGUUGUACGUGCAACAAUUUAAGUACUUUUGGUAGACAAUAAAUACUCCCGACCUGAUGAUAAUGCUUCCUUCACCCUCCAUUUCGAUUAUCCUGCUUGAGUAGAAAGACGCUCUUUUCUACAUUGUUUUUUACACGCCACUCCUUUCUCGCCUUUGAAGCAAAGAAAGAGAAAGAAGCGGCUGCUCUCGGAGGCUACCUUACCAAUUUACUAUUUAUUAUCAUAUGUCUUUCAGGAACCCGUCAACGGGAGCCGCUAUCUUCACUGAUUCUUUGAGUCAACACUUUCCCUGAGUGAAAAUAUUUUUAGAACCACAGCUUUUCCCCGCAAAAAGGACUAUAUUCCGUCGGAACAACCGCGAAUCGCAAAAUAUGGAUUCACCGCCCAAUGCAAAUGAGCAGAUGAUUUGGUCGCAGAACGCAAAAAUUGCACUAGGAACCUUUCUGUCAGUAAAUAUACUCGGGAAAGGGUUGACUCCAAAGCUUAUCAUAAGAGAUAGUUAGGUAGAGAGAUGGAAGGCUUAAUAUGAGACUCCUACUGUGGGAGAAGGGUUUAGUUUUAAUAUGAUAUACACAUGCAUAACUUUUCUCUGAUGGCUGAAUGUUAUGAUAUACACGCAUCUUUUCUAGUUUUUUAGUGUGUGUGUUGGCAACAGAUAAGGGUUUUUUUACUCCCAUUUUCAACUGAUCUCACCCUUUUGCAUUUGGUGUCUUUGCUCUCGACACAGUAAAAUCGUUUUGGUUGCUACUCAAGAUUCAGCCUCCGAGCACAUGUCACCUGCAAUUGACGCUCUCAAGAGACUGGGUGCUACCGAUCCUCUUCAAGGAAACCACCGAGAUUCCUUUGCUUUCGCUGGAUACGCAGGAGUUAACAAACCCCAAUGGAUCACACAAAAAAGAGCAGCUAGAUACCUGGGACCCAGUGAAAUAUUUCCGCAAAUAUCGCUGUCAAUUAAUCAAUAG